AUGUUCUCUCCGGAAAGUCCGGCACAAUGUCCGCAAGUUCACACAUCCCGGCUCGUGAACGAACUCCAAAACUAUUUUUAUUCCCUUCUCCUAGAAGUUACUGUUGCUACAAUUAUGGAUCACGUCUCAGAUCCCUCUGAGCUCGGAUUUGAUCCGUCGAAGUAUAUAGAAGAAUGUAUCAAUCAAGGUUCCCUUGGGAUGCGAUUCUUGUUCAAAAAGGUAGAUUCCUCAGUUCUUAGCUCUGUCAAUGGCUACCCCUGUUUUCUUAUUGACUGCUGUCUUUAUCGAUGUCUGGAGGAGAGCACAAUGUCGUCUCAAGUAACACAGAGGCUUAUUUCAUGCUCUACUGCGAUCAAAAGGAUUAUGACAAUUGUCAAAGACCUGUCUUACCCUCUUACGGCUGAGUGUCAGCAGCGAAUUAUUGAUUACGUCUUUCGAUCAUGGGAUGUGACAAUGGAGGUUGUUUGUUAUGAGGCAGUGGAUAUUUUCGAGAUGCUCUUGGCUAAUCAUUGUAUGGGAUGUACUUUGUGCAAAGCCAGGAAGGGAUGUGGAUGGUCAGAUUCGAUAAUCAAACAGUUAACUGAAGGUGCAUCCUCGUGCCGCUCUAGAUACAAGUGCUUAUUAGUCAUGCUCCAAUCUUAUUCGACCUAUGUGAAACUCAUUGACCAGGCUCUGAUUGAGAAGAUUUAUUCGCUUUUUGGCAACGCAUCUUUAUCUGUUGUGCUCAGCGACAUUAUUUCUUUCGAUCUUGAAGAAUUCCCGAAUAGGUGGGAAGUUCAUGUGAAUCACAUUUUGGACUGUCUAUCCUCAGAGUCAAACAAUGUGCGCUAUGCUGUUAAGUGGAUCGCCGCACUACAGUGGGCGGCGAUUCUUUGGACAGAUCGCCUUUUACCGAAGCUAAUUAGAACGAAACUCCUUAAGGAUGAGUUUCUCCCAUUGCUUUUGGAAAAUAUGAAAGAAAGCUAUCUUCAUUCGCAAUGUCUAGACUCAUUACUAUCGGUGACGCGUUUUCUCAUAAUUUCAAAUAAAAAAUGCGAUUCGUACAAAUACUGGAACGAUUAUAUACCUCUGAAGACGAUGUGUUACGCUGUGUUGCACUGGAAUAUACAGGUGCGCCUAGCAGCUUGGUUGUUGCUAACGGAACAUCCUCAGCGUACACACGCGCUGCAGCAAGAGGAUGUGAUUCUAAUACGAGCAUUCAUGGUCACCAACAUGACCGAACAAUCGCCUGCUAUUCGACAGAAAAUUCUUGCUGGACUUAGAAAAAUACUAUCUCGAGUUGCUGAAACGAGCGAACAGGUCUUGAAAGGGAAGGAUGGUGAUGUGGAAAGGAUUAAACUUUACAAUAAUUUCAUAAGUUUCCUACUAUCAUUAUCAUUCGAAUCGUUGUCAUCUGGAGCGAAUUUUAACCGUCGUAUGAUGGCGCUGUCAAUUAUCCAAUGCAUAUUCGCUGGCGAUUCUCUGAAAACGAAUGGAAAAGUCUUAUUCCUGGAACAAUUGAACCUGCCGGCGGCUGUGACACAAGAGCGAUUUGCAGUGCUAUUAACGUGUUUAGAUGAUCCCUACCAGUUGUGUCAAAUUAUGGUCCUUGAUAUCUUAAAGAAGAUCCAUUUCGAUGUGUCUUUUGACUUUAUAGCUUACAAAAACGAGACAGUGGAAAUGAUGAAGUCCAUCCGUUCUCACAACACCUUAUCAGCUGGCUAUAGGAUGCAGUUGUAUACAUACCGACAUCCCGAAUUGUUGAAAGAUCUAUUGCUCGAAUUCGUUUCGGUCUGUGAAAUGAACGCUAAAUUGGCAAAGGACAACCUGGUUGAAAUCACAAAGAAAACAUUGCAUCCGUGGAUGAAUGCUAUUGCGUUGCUGAUUGAAAACGAAGAUUUCGAGAAGAAAAAUUCAUCCGAUUUGGAAUGGUGGAUUCGGUUUGUGCGAGAACGACUAAUUCCGCUUUGCUUCAAUGUAGCUGAUGUUGUGACGCCCGCUGUGCAUUCCAUGUCUCCAGAAGGUUACAUACCAGAAGAAACAUUGAACGAGAUGGCCAACUCUUUUAACCUUGGGAGUAAAGUUCAAUUGGCAGCUGAGGUGUCUCAACUAUUGCUGGUCUGCUGCUGGCGAGCACACAAGCACGUAUCCGCUAUUCUGGCUUGGGCUGUAGUUAAACUUUGCCCUCUCUCAAUUUUGACGGCGGAAGAUGUUCAUCGAAUCGGUGCUUAUUACUGGCUGCAGUUGACUGAGUGUAAACACUGUGGAGCUUUUGAAACAGCUGUUGAAGGUUUCUCAUCCCUUUGUACAUAUCUCUGGCGAAGCUCUGACACAGCCCUACCAAAGCCGUCAGAGUGGCUGCGUCAAAUUCUGGAUGCGUUGGAAGGAAAGAAAGAUCUGGAGAACUUGUGUUCAACAAGACGUAGUGCUGGUGUGCCGCACCUAAUCACAGCGAUUCUAGCUACUGAACCUUUAGAUCAUCCAAACGAGUCAAUGAAUAUAGCUAUGGUGUCGCUUUUGGAAAUGAGGAACAAAGACAUGGUAUACAGAAUUCACUCAUUGAAUGUUCUGAAAGCCAUCUUCUCUUCUUCGAUUCUUGGAGAACGGGUUGUCCCUGCGCUGGAGUGGGCAUGUCGCGUCGCGAUCAGCGGUUGUUCCGCAGCAGCCUGGCCAGAACGCAACGCUGCUGCUCAGUUGGCCGCAGCUCUUCGCGCCAGAAUCUUUGGAGUGACUCAUAAGAGCCAGCGAGAUCUUCACGUGGAUCAGAAGAAUCGUCAGAGCUCUUAUGAGUUCUUUUCCAAGUUCCCAUCGCUGUAUGCGUAUUUCUACGAGCAUCUUCGUGACUGCAAAGAUGAAUUCACUGCAGCAAAGGCAGUCGGAAACUCAAAGGACCAACACAGUUUUUCGCUAGCGCCUUUCGUGCCCGUUCUAAUACGUGUACUACUGUGGUGCCGAGCGGAAAAGCUAAGACGACUUACUGCUGCAGCUUUGAUAGCUGUCGCUGCACCGAAGGAUGUUUCAUUUGUUCUGGAUUGGAUUGGUAGCGUUUCACUGAAGAAUGUGAAGCAGAACCACAUCAACGCUGUUCUGUUGUUGCUGAGCUUCAUUCUGGAAAAUGAUCUCCGAAAUGAAGCAAGGGAUCGAGUACGAAGAAUUGUUGCUGAUACGGUCGAUACUGGAUUAUGGAUCAAGUGGUGUGACUUCAAUAAAAAUCUGAUUAUGACUCUAUGCAAUCAGCUCAAAUUAGUUUUUGCGACCUCACUGAACGUUAAGGGAUUGACGUUAGCGAAACGUCCACUGGCUGAAGCUAUGAUUUCGGGAGGAGAUUUGAAUAAUGUGCAUAUGUUGGCUGAUUUCGGCCUGCGGUCGGAGAUAUACAGACAUCUGCAACUGACAGGAAAAAGAAACGAGGUGUUCACAUCCAUACGUAAAUUGGUCAUUGAAGAUUUACAGCGUUGCCGUAGUGAACGUGAAGCUGGUUGCAUUUUAGAUCUACUAUUCUUGAAUCGGGAAUAUCUUGCUGAUGAAGAAAGGAAAAAUGUAGCCGCUUAUAUCUCGUCUCAGCUAGAGUUUGGUUGGAGGAUGCCGGAUACUAUAUCGCUGGCUCGCCGCCUACUUGUUUACAUUUCGGAUGAAAAAGAAUUGUCAUCGGACGUACAGGACUGGAUUGAAUUCUGCCUAUCUGUUGAAGAAAAGCUAUCGAAGCAGAUAGCUCUUGAAGUUGGGGCAUAUUUAAUUAAGACAGCAAAAGACAACCGGUUGAUUGCUAUAAUGGCCGCUUUUCUGCAAGAUGAAGUGCUUGAUAUUCGAGAAGAGGCCGCUUCUCUAUUAUCGAGACUGUUACUGGAUAAAGAAAUGGCUCUAAAUCCUGAAGUCUGUUAUCGGAUGAUUCUAGAGAAAAUGCCACCUUCUGAUUGGAACAUCCAUGUUUUUCAGCAGGAAUCCAUUCCCAUCGGAGAAGCACUCUAUGACGCAUGUUCAUCUAAUCCUUACGCUGAAUCACAUAUGUUCGGAGAUUUUACGGAAGUUAAGAAUAUGAUUAAUGAUUUGCUCGUACAUUCGGAAUAG